GGUCUGUGUCCCUAAUCCUCCAUCAUGCAUGUUAUGUGAACCACUUGUAAUUUUGAAAAUUUACUUACUGACUCAGCAGAUUAUAACCAGAGACGCAGAGACAAAAACCAACAACUGAUAAACUCUCAAACUCUGAUUGGAGUGAGUGAAAAAGAUGAGCCAAAUAGAAAAUUUAAUUAUCUCGGAUUACGUAUUGAAUCAACAAGUAUGUGAUUACUGUCAUAAAUACUUAUCAGUAACUCCAGUCAAAGUAUAUCCAAAUAGAAAAAUAAAAUGUGGCAGAUGUUCAACAAUCAACAAGAAAGAAGAGGACAUUGGGGUAAACUCCAUGUACAACAAAAUUGCUGAAAUAAGUAUUUUCAAGUGUAUUAAUAUGUUUGAUGGAUGUAUCCAGCUAUUAAGAUCAUCAGAAGUAGUCGAACAUGAAAAAGUUUGUCUAUCCAAAAAGUACGGUUGUCCUCUUUGUUCUGAAGAAAUUUUUUCAUUUCUAAUGAUCCAUCAUUUUAAACUCAAACACCCCGAAUCCUUAUUAAAAACUAAUGAUUUUCUAGUUACCAACUUAAAAAAUACUAACAAAUAUUUUUUGUACCAAUUACAAUGUAAUUUGUUUUUCGUGAACUUUCGUGAUGUAACUAACUCAAUUGCAGAUGAUAUAAUAAGUUUUUCAUUGAACGUUCAACAUUUGGAAAAAAUAGAUUGUAUUAACUGGAUAAAAGUUGAUUUUAGUCAUUUUGGGAACGAUAUUGAAACAAUAAGCGAAAUUACUUAUUCAGGCUCAAUGACGUUUAAAACAUCUGUAAUUGUUACAAACGAAUCAAAGAUGCUCAUAAAGUUUUAUUUAAAUAUUGUUGAAGCAAAAAAUGGCAUACAACACAAAUUUAAGUUGAGAUCUGUACCUAAAAAUAAUCCGGAUUUGAAUAUAUUUCACAAAAAGCUGGCAGGUAAUGAGUUAAGAACUGCUUUUUUUCAAAAGCAUUACGUUUCUCCGAAUGAAAUAUUUCAAAAAUCUGUUUCAGAUUUGUCAAUUACAGAAAAUGCAACUGUUACAUUUAGUAGAUGUGGUAAAAAAUACACCAUUACAUUUGCUUGUUGUAAUUGUUCAUUAAUUUACAGUACAAUUUUUAUUAAUCAUGAAGAAUUCAUAUAUUUGAUUGGAGACAAUUUUCAUUAUUGCUUACAAUGCUUACAUUGCGAAAAUAAAUUAAGUAAAAGAUUUCCUAAAAAAUUUUUCACAGUUACAGACAUGGAAAACAUUUUAUUUUUUUGCAUCUGGGGUUGUGGAACACUCCAUAAUUAUAAUGACUUGUAUGUACAUGAAAGAAUGUGUAAAAAUCAAAUUUUCCAGAAAUGUCCCAUUAAGUCAUGUUUUUGUUAUUUUAAGCUAUACGAAUUUGAAAAUCACUUUAAAGUUAAACAUUCAUCAGUAAUUUUCCAAUCACCCCGUUUGAAUGAUAGGGAGCUAACCAUAUAUUUAGAUACUUCUAAAUCUCCCAUAGAACAUAUUGCUUUAUUUUGGUUCAUAUGUGUGCUUGUUCAACUUGAAUGGGAACAACCAAAUUGGAAAAUCAGUUUAACUUGUGAAAUACCCGAUGUAGAAAUCAAAGCUAAAAUAUUAGAUACUGAAGACAAAGAAAUAUCUACAAUAACUGAAAGUGGUUCAAUUCCACAUCAUGACUCAAUAGAGAUAGCUUUAUAUUUGGUAGAUACUAAAAAAAACUAACAAUUUUCAUUAUUCAUCUUAAAUAAUAAGAAAUUAAAAAAAAUUGGGAAGAUCUUGAGUUUGCGGUUUUAAUUGAUUUCGGCUCCAAAUUGUAUGGCUUUCUUUAGUGUUUUUUAUUUUUAUUAAAAAAAAAAUAUUUUUUUCAAAAUGAUUAUAGAACACUUUAUAUUUGUGAAGUUAUUCGGGAUUUUCUUAUAAUAUUUUAAAAGAAGUUGUUUAUGUAAGGUGUUUGCCAGUAGCAUAUUCAUGUUAGAUACUUUGUUGUAAAGAAAAAACUUGACUAUUGGAACACAAAGCGUCAUUUAUAUUAUUAAUAUUCAUUGAAACCCACAGCUGUUCAGCCUAAGUUUCUUCUAAAUUCAAAAUAUAUCACUGAAAUUAAAAAUAUUGCCUAGCAUAUCUAGCAACCCUUUCUACUGCACUUGUUGGUUCUAUUUCAUCAAAAAAGUAUGUAUUACUAUCCUGGUAAAGCAACCGACUUGUUCCUCAUUAAAGUGUUAAAUCAUGAAUUAGAUACUGUGAUUAUGUCUAAGUGAUUAUGUACAUCAUUUUUAAAUUCGAUAAAAUUUUACAACAUUCGGUUUUUGAAUUUGAUUCUACCAUUUAUAUUGCAAUUUAAUUUAUACUGUAUUCACAUGCGAUAACCACCAAGUAUGGUUGGGUUAGUUAACUAAACUUCACUUUGAAAGCAUUUGCAAAGAACUACAGAAUAAAAUAUAGUUACACUCACAUGUAUUCUUUUUUCUAAAUGAUUAUGUAUUAAUCUACUGAACGGAUAUAAUUUCAUAUCUGUUCCAGAAUGAAUAUAAAAUCAGCCAAUCACAUUUUAAAUUCAGUAACCGGCUAACUAUUUUAAAAUUUCAAAUUAUAGUCACAAAUCUGUCAAUUUAAUUAUUGUUAUUAUAUAUUUUUAGUUAUUACAGUUAAAGUAAAUUAAAAUUGAGUGAUUCUGUUGAAGAAUCGAUAAAUAGUGACAAUUUAUAAGAUAUUCGUAAUUUUUUUAGAGAGUCUUAGAAAAAAUUACUAUACAACUUGUGUGGAUUGAGCACUCCGCAUCGAUAUCGACUUUUAUUACAUAAACUACUAUUAAUUAAGACAGUUCUCAUCCAGUAGAAACUUUCUUAAAAUUGUCAGAUCCGUUUUCCUUCUUUAGUUCUGUGACAAUGCCACUACAAGGUGUAUCAUAAAACAAAUGCUUAGCAUUUUUUUUUUUAAUUUCGAAAAACAUGUUUCUAGGCUUUUGCAGCACUUUUUUGUAUAGUCCAACUGAACGUUCUUUUAGAAGCAAAAUUUUGAUUUAUUUUGUUUCUUUAUUGUAUUUAUUUUGUUCGUAGAAUAUCGUACAUCAUUUUUUAAAUUUAUUUAAUCUAGAAUGUGUUUCAUUUCAUAAGUUAAUUAAAGCG